GAUACCAGAGCUUUGGUAAAUACAAGCACCAGGAACCAAUUAAGAUUGCCUUUCAUAUGAAUUCACCUGAUGGAAACCAGCUCUGGUGCCCUGGAAAGUCCCUAUGGUGCCUGAUCGCUGAGCAUGUUUCUGCAUCCGAGCUGCAGGAGAUCCACACUGCACUGGGUCCCUCUUUAGUUGACAUGUACGUAGAGGUGCACUCUGAGGCAGAGAUGUGGCAUAAGAUGUGGCAGAUGAGCCAGCGAGGUGAAAACCAUGGCAGAGGAGCAUUCACAUGUCCGCAGGGCUCCCCUCUAGCUGACCCUCCUGCUGUGAAAGAGCUGCUGAGAGCUGAAGUCAAGAUGUUGCUGCAGAAUCUCAGAGAGAGAGCCAGCAGAAGGGGGAGAGAUGGAGAGGAGCUCCUGUCUCGGUACAAACCUGAGACUGUAAACUAUGCCCUCAGUCACCUUGACAGCUGCUACAGAAAAUCUAAAAACCCUAAAGACGCUGAAAAUGGAAGCAGGCCAAGCUCUCACUGCUCAGCCCAGUCCAGCGCUGAAGAUGAGAUUGAAGCAAUGAGGGACAAACUGAAUGACACGGAGAUAACCCAGGUGGUCGAUCGGCUCAGGUCUGUCCUGAUGGAGGAAUGUGAAGCGUUGACCAGGCUGUUAAAGCAUUUGAAGGGAAAUAUUAAACAAAAUCUUCAGAGCCGGAGUGAAUUUGAUAAAGCCGAACCUUCACUUGCUGAACUGAGAGAGCUUAGAGGAGCUCUACAAAUGGACCUGGAGCUCUUCCCCUCUUCGUUAGCAGCCUCGUCCCUCCUACCUGUGAGGGAACUGAAAAGUACUCACAGACUGUCAGCAGGAGGAGGCCCAGAGAGUCCACCAGCUUUAACUCCUACACCAAUCUUAAGACCACAUUCACCUCUUCCUCUGUGCCAUCCUCUACCCAGACCACCAGCUGGGCCUCCUCACACCAAGACCUCAAUGUCCAGGACUCACGGUCAGCACAGAAUUACAUCAGCCUCCAAUAAGUCUAACAAAACACCUCCCUGCAACAGGAUUAGUACUCCUGGGCACACAAACAGCCUUUUCAAAACUGACCACAUAAUGGUUCGAAGUAAAUACGACUGCAGUCUUUCUCCAGAGCAAAAUAGUACUGCUCUUCACCACAGGCCCCUGACUUCUACUGCUAGUUUUCACAUAAGAUCUGAGAAAAACUCGCUCUUCAGCAAAACUCAUCUAUCAUCACAUGGCAGCAUUGACACCCUGAGCACAGAGUGUGAUGUGUCAUCACAGAGGGGGAGAAAGAGCAGCACUGUCUGGAGGUCAAGAAGCAUCGAUAUCACCCCCUCACCUGUUCCUGCCUUCAGUCAGCUCUGUGAUGCAGGCGGCUUCAGCAGCAGUAAAGCCGACCCUCCUGUGUCAACAAUGAAAUCAAGGACACCAAAUGGACAGCAGAAUAGUAGCUGUGGAGGCUUUUCAGGGUCAUCAAAAGUGCAGAUACAUAGAGGGAAAAAUACUUCCGAAACUGGGAAUCUUCUCGCACAAAAUGGCAGAAGGAAGAACAACAGGGAGAUGGAUAACAAUAGAAACGGUCACCUUAGGAUGGAUGUCAACAAAAAGCAAAGCCUAAGUGGCCACAGUUUGAUGGACAGCUCCUCGUGUCAUCCAGAAUGCAGUGAUUCGCUGGGACAAGCUGUAUGCCCUCAGUCAGCAUCUGCACAGAUUAGUGGACAGUUCUUUACCUCCUCUGAAAAACCACAUGAGGGCACCACAAGUCAGCCAAAAAGUGUCCAGGAUGCUCAAACUCCGCCUCAGUUUCUCAGCAGGUUUUAUCAGCCAGUCCCUCCUGCAAGAGUGCCAGCUUAAAUUCCACCAAUAACGACGUGGGUUUAAACCGGGGGGAGAAUGCGAUAGGUCGGUGGUAGGGAGAAAUCGAGAUCUUUUAUGAGAAAGAAUCGUGGGACAUAUUGUAUCUGUGUGGAUAACAAUAAAAUUGAAUAUGUUUACAGCUGUGUGUGGUGCUGGCAGGUGCAGUGGGAAUUAAAAUGAACUACAGAUGGGGAAGCUGAGUGCUUUUAAUUUUCCAUUAUCUGGUUUAUUUUCCCUUUUAGUUUUAUUUUGUUGUUGUUGUUGUUUUGGGGGGGCAUUUUGGCUUUGAUUUUAAUGAAUGACAGUGAAGGUAGUAGAUUUAGGGAGAGAGAGCAGGAGAAUUGCAUACUAGGGUUGGGAGUCAAAAUAGGGACUCACUCCACUCAGCCAUCAGGCUACAGUCCAGCAUUUAAACAUGUGAUUAAAAGAAUAAGUGUUAACGAAGGCAGUAACCUGCACAAGCCUGCUUUAUGAAGAAUACUCGGCCUACAAGCUAUGAAAUAAAUAUGUUUCAGUUGCUUGUGUUUCUUACUACCUAGAACAUCAGACAAUGAUAGUGUAAAUUAAUGAUGGAGGAAUUCUGUUUUGCAGCUUUAAGGUCUUAACCAUGCUUGUUCAGUGUUACUCUGUUAUUUGGUUAUUAAUAAAAGUGCUACUGAAGGUGUUGCAAA